AUGAGCCGCUUCUGCUCGGACAACAACAACUUUCCGUAUGACAACAACAUCCUCGUGCUGGACAUGGUGUUGGGCUCUCUGUGGGGAGUGCCCCAGCCCAUAAACUGGGACAACGUAGCCAAACUUGUGCCGGGAUUUACUCCCAAGGAGUGUGCCCUUCGGUUUGAGGAGCUGAAGAGCACGGGGGGCUUACCUCACGUCGACCACCAGUGUAACGCUCUGACGGAAGGAGGCAGCUCCCCUUCGGACGCUCCGUCCUCCCUGUUGGACUCCGGAGAUGCGGUUACAAACGAGGGAGGCGGCCAGAGCUGUGGCAAAGUCUCAGGCUCCAAGUCCUUUCCCUCCGGAAGAGGAAGUUCCUUUGAGAAGAAAGAGAAAAGAGCUUCAGUGGAGGAAGACGAAAAACCCCAGAAGCCACGAGAUCCCAACAUGGUGAUCCAUGUGUGUGACGAGACCAAGAACCUAAAGCAGGACUUCACGUGCCCAAGAGAUCUCCUGGUCAAAGAGAUGCGCUACUUCGCCGAGUAUCUGUCGGUCGACCAACAGAGGUGGGAAGAAGUGGACAUCUCGGUCCACUGCGACGUGCAGAUCUUCGACUGGCUUAUGAACUACGUCAGGAGGAACUCGGCCGGAGAGGGGAACAAGGAAAAACCCCGCCUGGAGCCCAGCAAUGUGAUCUCAAUCCUGAUCUCCUCCGAGUUCUUGAAGAUGGAAACGUUAGUGGAGGAGUGUAUCCAAUACUGUCACAAACACAUGAGCGCCAUAGUGGCCACCCCCUGUAACAUGAACUGCAUCAACAGCAACCUGGCAACACGCAUCGCCGAACUCUUCAACCACAACGAGGCUGACGACAUAAGGGACAAAAAGGACAAAUUUAAAAGUAAACUCUUCCAAAAGAAAAUUGAACGUCUGUUCGAUCCAAACUACCAGAGCAGAGAUUCCCCUGGAAACGCCUCCACUCUCUACAGGUGUGGUCUGUGCCUUAAGCUGCUGACCAAAGACACAGAGAGGAAGGUGUCCUGCGUCCCGGGGAAAAUCAACAUCGAUGUCCGAGGAGAGAUCAUCUACACGCACGUUAGGAUCUGGGGCACCAUCAACCACCUCACCUGCUCCCGAUGCCAGCAGGUCAGAAACAAAAAAGAAAAGCGUCCCGACGACUCGACAGAUUCGACGACGGGAGAUAGGACCCCCUUUGAGCCAGGCGAGGAACCGGGGCGUGGCUUUGUGUUCGUGUGCGCCGAGCUGACCCACUGCCAGUACCACCCGGACGGCGUGCUGUACCCCGGCAUGGGCGCCGAGCGGGGCUGGCACGGCGCCGGGAUGCAUCCCUGCUGCAGGCAGAGGGUCCUGCGCUUCGACCCCACCGGAAUACCCAAGAAGGCCAAAAAGGCCCACAGACCCCUGAAGAAACAGCUGUCCUCUCCCAACUUUCAACGCAAGGACAAAUCUGAGAAAUCACAAAGCAGGGACAAUACACCUUUUACGGUCAGCAUCCAGAAGAGCAAAUGGGACAGCUCCCGCUCCAUGCGCUACAACCAGGACGCUCAGAGAGAAGAAGACCAGCGCCGCAUGGUGGAGGUCAUCGGCCACCUGACCAAGAUGAGGUUCGGAGACCAGGAGCACAGCAAAGCCAAGGACACAAAAGAGCCCGUGGGAGGGAUCUACGCCCGCCUGGAGGCGCAGUUUAAGAGCACCUCGCAGCCCAGGCAGGCAGCAGAGAAGACCCCCCGGUCUAAAACUCGCUACGCUCAGAUCCGGACCACAUAA